AAUUUAAAGUGAUGUUCAUGCUGAUUGUUCUUGUUAUUUUGAGAGAAGAAAAAGAGAAGAAUGUGUGGAUACGCAUUCCUCAUUUUCCUUUGGACAUCCAUCCUUCUCUCUUUACCCUGUGGUUAUAAUGGCGACAAGAUCCUGGUUUUCCCCAUUGAUGGCAGUCACUGGGUGAACAUGGAGGUGCUGGUGAAGAAGCUGCAGUCUCGUGGACACGAGCUGAGUGUGAUUCGCAUGGAGGACAGCUGGUUCAUCCAAGAGAAUUCACCUUCCUACACCUCCAUUACAGUGAAGCUUAAAAAGAAACAUAUAGGCCUGGACCUGUUUGAGACCGCAGUACAAAGGAUUCUUGAGGCCCGCAGGAAGGGCCCGAUGAUGGGAGCACUAGUCCAGAUGUCUGAAUUUAUUGGAAUCAUGAAUGUGGCUCACACCGCAACCUGUGCCAUGCUGAACGCCAUGCUGGAGAACAAAGCUCUGAUGAGACAAAUAAAGAUGGCGAACUAUGACUUAAUGCUCACUGACCCUGCCACGCCAGGUGGGAUCAUCCUGGCACAUUACCUCCACCUUCCAAUGGUCUAUAACGUCCGCUGGAUGAGUUUUGGAGAGGGACACUUCUCCAUCGCACCUUCUCCAAUCUCCUACGUGCCUGUACCCGGCUCAGGUCUAACGGACCGAAUGGGCCUGUUAGAAAGAUCCCGUAAUCUUCUGCAUUAUGGGUUGAACCUCAUUCAAGAGCGCUGGCUGGUGAUUCCCAUGUAUACCAGCUUGUUGCUCAACUACUUCCCUCCGGACGCCGACCUCCUCGCCAUGCAACUUUCAGCGGAGAUGUGGCUAGUGCGUGUUGACUUUGUGUUCGAGUUCCCACGACCCUCCAUGCCAAACCUCGUCUACAUUGGUGGCUUCCAGUGUCGUCCAGCCAAGCCUCUUCCUGCCCAGCUGGAGGAGUUCAUGCAGAGCUCAGGAGACCAUGGGGUGGUCGUGAUGUCUCUGGGAACGCUGAUCGCAGGAUUGCCCCGAGAGGUCAUGGAAGCCAUUGCCUCAGCUUUCGCCCACAUGCCACAGAAGGUGGUCUGGAGGUUUAUUGGCGAGAGACCUUCAUCAUUUGGCAAUAACACCCUUCUACUUCAAUGGAUACCUCAGAACGACUUGCUGGGUCAUCCGAAAACCCGUGCUUUCGUGGCUCAUGGUGGCACCAAUGGUUUAUAUGAAGCCAUCUAUCAUGGAGUACCAGUUCUGGGACUCCCUUUGCUAUUUGACCAGCUAGAUAACAUUGUACGUCUUCAGGCAAGAGGUGCGGCACGGAUGCUGGACGCAGCUACUUGUACAUCAGAAGAAUUCCUUGAGGCUUUGAGCGAAAUCUUAGAGAACCCAACAUAUCGUCAGAACAUGCAGAAGCUCUCUGGUUUACACCGAGACCGACCUCUGCAUCCUCUCGACAAAGCAGUGUACUGGAUCGAGUUUGCCCUGCGCAAUAAAGGUGCGCGCCAUCUGCAUGCUGAGGCCUACAACAUGUCCAUGUACUCCUACUACUGCCUAGAUGUGGCUGCAGUGGUUCUCCUCAUGCUUCUGGUAACUCUGGGAGGUGUCUAUACAAUAUGGAUACGAAGAUGGAAAAGAGAGACAAAAAAGGCUGUUAGAGAUGGCAGCAAGAAAGCUGUAAAGGAUAGCAGUAAGAGGCUGAAAGAGAGCAUUAAUGCUCUGAAAAACAGCAAUAAUAUUUCUAUUCCAAAACUAAGAGCAAGCAAAACAAGAUUUUAGUACAAAU